CGGCACACGUGUAUGAAAAUCAAUGGCUGCGUCCUGCGCUGUCUUCUCUCAUUUCUCUCUCUAUCCAAGUUCAAUGCUGUGCUUGACCUUCGGGUUUCCGUUAUCCAAAGUCCUCCAUGGGGGCCGGCGUUACCAUCUCCCUCAGAAAUUAAAUACUAAAAUCAAUCGAUUUUUGCUUUUCUUUUUACAUUUUAAAGAGGAAAAAUCCUAAAAAGCUUUAAUUUGCCCCACUUUUCGUUAUAAUUCAUCAUUUCCUAAUCCCUUUUGGAUAUAUUCAUGAAUGGGUUGAAUUGGGUAACUUCCUAAUUGAGAUUCUGGAUGUCGACAUUAAGGUUCACAAUAUGGCCAACCGCAAUAAUGAUGUUUCUCAGGGAGAAGGCGCUAAUUCAAACCCUAUUGCCUCCUGUGAUCAAGAUCAGGCUCGUGGUGGCAACAAGGUUUACAAAAGUGGUCCACUGUAUAUAUCAUCUAAAGGUAUUGGAUGGACUUCUUGGAAGAAAAGGUGGUUCAUUUUAACACGCACCUCAUUGGUCUUCUUUAGAAGUGAUCCUAAUGCCGUCCCUCUGAAAGUAGGUGAAGCAAAUUUAACACUUGGGGGUAUUGACCUCAACAGUUCAGGCAGUGUGCUUGUCAAAGAAGAUAAGAAGCUCUUGACUGUACUCUUUCCUGAUGGUCGUGAUGGGCGUACUUUCACACUUAAGGCUGAAACUUCAGAAGACUUGCUAGAGUGGAAGGUUGCACUAGAAGAAGCCUUGGCAAAUUCACCUAGUGCUACUCUUGUAGCGGGACAAAAUGGAAUAAUCAGGAAUGAUCAGGCAAAUGCAGUUGAUGACUCUUCAGAACAAUCUAAGGAAAAAUCACCAAAGAAAUCUUUGGUCAUUGGUCAGCCAGUUUUACUUGCUUUGGAAGGUAUUGAUGGAACUCCGUCAUUUUUGGAGAAAGCCCUUAGGUUUGUAGAAGAGCAUGGAGUUAAAGUUGAAGGCAUCUUGCGUCAAGCAGCAUAUGUUGAUGAUGUUGAGCGUCGAAUAAGAGAAUAUGAAAAAGGGAAAGUUGAGUUUUCUGCCGAAGAGGAUGCACAUGUUAUAGCUGAUUGUGUCAAGUAUAUACUCCGGGAGUUACCAUCAUCUCCAGUCCCUGCAUCUUGUUGCAAUGCUCUUUUAGAAUCAUGCCGAGUUGACCGUGGCAUGAGAGUGAGUGCUAUUCAUUCAGCUAUACUGGAGACGUUUCCUGAGCCAAAUCGGCGUUUAUUACAGAGAGUUCUCGUAAUGAUGAAAAAUGUGGUUUCUCACAAGAAUGAGAACCGUAUGAGCACUUCAGCUGUUGCUGCUUGCAUGGCACCUUUGCUACUGCGACCUCUAUUAUCUGGAGAGUGCGAACUUGAACGCAGCUUUGAUAUGGGUGGUGAUGGUUCUAUUCAACUUCUGCAAGCAGCUGCCGCAGCGAACCAUGCCCAAGCUAUUGUCAUCACUUUGCUGGAGGAGUAUGAUAGUAUUUUUGGGGAAGGCUCUGUGCAAACUGAACUUUACUCUGACUCAGACGGUAGUGAAAGCGGGAGUGAAGAAAUUACUGAUGAUGAUGGAAAUUAUGAUGGUAGUGAUUAUGAUGAUGAAGAUGAAGAAGAAGAUGAUGAUGAAGAAGAUGAAGAUGAUGAUGGUAGUGGUGGUGAUAUUGCAGAUGACAUAACGGACGAUACCGAGCAUGCAUCUAGAGCUACUAGUCAGACUAGUGAAAAUGAGUGUGCUAGUAAGGUCUCCAGUCCCAGGACGCCUUAUCCAUGCAAUGCUCUUGAAGUAAAUUAUAUAUCUCCACACGCUCCCCUUCAAAUGUCUCAUAAGCAAGAAACAACUAUUCAGAGUCGUGAUAUUCCUAUGAGGCCAGAAACUGAUCCCAAGGUUCAAGUUGCUGACAUUUCCACUUCUAAAAAAUCUACAGAUGCCAAGAAGAACCUUUCCGUGGAAUCCCAUGAUAAUAUCCCCUUUGAUGAUGGUUGUGUUAAUGCUGAAAUCCAGAAGCUUGAGGCUAUAAAUACUGACUUGCAACACAGAAUUGCCAAGGAGGCUAAGGUGAAUGCAGAUAUGCAAGAAAGUAUGGAGAAACAGAAGAACACCUUGCAUGAGCGCCGUGUAACUCUUGAGCAGGAAGUAGCCAGGCUUCAGGAUCUGUUGGAGAAGGAACAGGAGUUGAGGAUGAUACUGGAAGCCAGACUUAUCAAUCCUCAAGGAUCACAACCCAUACCCUCCAGUAUUAGCAAAGCUGUGAAAGCAAAGUUGGAGGAGAUUGCUCAAGCUGAGGCAGAUGUCAUGAGUUUAAAACAGAAGGCUGAUGAUAUUGAAGCAGAGCUCCAUAGGCAGAGGGAAUACACUUCCAAACUUCACAUUGAUGCAGGCACCCAACCACGACACAAAACAACUUAUCAAGGAAAAAUAAAAGAGAAAGCAGAAAGUGAGCGGGACAAGAAAAGUGAACUUCAGCUGUCAGUGAAUAAACCGCUGCUGAAUUUUAACUCUCCUGCAGCAUCAUUUGCUGCCUCUGUUGAAUCUUUGCUUGCUGUUAGAGGGACUUCUUCUUCAAGUAGUUCGAAGAAAUCUGGUUCAAAAAACGAGGGGGUGACUGCCACUUCAGCACUGACAAAGCUGACAAACCGGCUCAACUUUAUGAAGGAGCGCAACACUCAAAUUGGAAAUCAGGUCCAACCAACAGACAAGGACCGGAUUUUUGGGCAGCCUGCCCGGUCUAUUGAGCGAAAAGGGUCAGACCCUCCCCCAUCCUUACACAACAUGUCCGAGAGCAGCCCUUCAUCUGAACAUAUAGAAUCAAACAGCAACCAAGCUAUUGUGCCGAAUGUAGAUGGUCAACAAUCACUCCAAACUCCUCAAGAUACAUCUAGAAGAUCUGAUGGGCUUAAUAAUAAUAUGGAGCAAGAGAAACCAGAGAGUUUCUCUGAAAAAACCCGAAAUAAGGCCCCCCCUAGGACAGCCUCGAGAUGAUAUACUACGGUUGUGGUGAAGCUCCCUUUUGUUUUUGUAUUGUUUUUGCAUUAACCACAUUUUUACCUGAGCGCUUGUUUGGGGACAACACUAGAAUGCAGAUUUCCAUGUGUGUAGCUUAACUGCUGCACUAGCCCAUUCCCUGCUGCAGCUGAAUGAGUGUGUUUGUAGCCAAGUUAGUGCUGUUUUUGUAUAGCAAGUGUCUAUUGACAUAAUAGAUGUUCUGAAUUUUCUUUGUUUCUUUCUGUUUUCUUUGUAAAUAGUGAAAGGUAGUGGCUCAUCAGAAAACACUCAUUAUCAGUCUUUUUGUUUGAAGUUUCCCUUGAAUCUUAAAAAAUCAUUGCCUUGUUCGAUUUGUAAGUGUAACUAGUGCAGUGCUAAAUAAUCAUGGCAGAUGUCAUUACAUA